CGAGAACGGCUUGGGAUUCCCUCCUCUAAUCCUUUGAUUGCUGGUUAGCGCCAACGUUCGCGGUUUCAAACACACAAGAACAGAGUCAUACGGUGCGAAUAACACAGGUCAUUUACAUAUGUCCCAGUGAAUGUCCAAAACACGAUAAGUCAUAGCACAGAGUUCAGCUAAUCCAAGGGAAAACAUGUUUGGCAACCAAAAGUAGACGGAUUUAUAUUGGCAUUAUCGAAACAUAUCUCGUUAUCAAAGUAAAUUCUGGAGUACCUGAUUUCAGCAAUAAUCCAAAGGAUGAUGAACUAUUACAACUCAUUUUAAAGAUGUAAUCAUGUGUUAGUUUCACAAAAUCAUUGAGCUGUAUGUGUUUGUGUGUGUGUGUGUGUAAGAAUUCAAAUCUUCGAUUCAACAAUCUAAGCCAAAAUAUUUGACAGGGUUUCAGGACUAACAAAUCUCGUUUGACGUUUAAACCUAUAAAUGGAGACUCGCAGCAAGAGUCAGUAAGUAUGACAUACUAAUUCAUUGAUAUCAUUAAAUAUUUCUAUGUAUCUGAUUUCGGAACGUGGAUAUCUUAUUAUUUUAACUGCUUAAAUGCCGUAUGCUUUGUGGGAUACAAAGAAAAUCGGGAACAUUUUUCAAAGUUCGGCAAUUAGAUAUAUUCCACUUAGACAGCAAAAUUAACGUAUGGCCGGAUACUAUUAUAAACUAAUAGCCACCAAGACACAAUUGGUACAUCCCGAGUGCUCACUCGGCAUCUACAAUAUGUUGUUGCAUUUUAUGAACUAGUGGAAAUCACAGAAUGAAGAUACAAGCAAAUUAGUAAUAUUAUAUUCUAAUUCAUUUCAUUGUAUGUUUCUCUAGAACGUUUUCUUUUGAUAAACGACCUCUGUGGAGAAAUUUGCUGAGCAAGGAUCAGAGAUGGAUAACUGAUCCUAACAAUGUCGAGACUCAUGGAAUCGGCUUUAAGAAGAAGAGUUUAAGAAGUAGCACAACGGCCACUGCCUUGGUAUGUUGACAUUAUUUUGACAUGGGUAAAACGGCAACUGCCUUGGUAUAUUGACAUUAUUUUGGACAUGGGUAAAACCACCAGUGUCUUGGUAUGUUUCUAUUAUUUUGAACAUGGGUAAAACGGCAACUGUCUUGGUAUAUUGUAAUUAUUUUGGACAUGGGUAAAACGGCCACUGCCUUGGUAUGUUGCCAUUAUUUUGGACAUGGGUAAAACUUCCACUGUCUUGGUAUGUUGACAUUAUUUUGGACAUGAGUAAAAUGGUCACUGUCUUGGUAUGUUGACAUUAUUUUUGGACAUGCGUUUCAAGUCACGUGGAUUCUUAUUUGCCUUCCGUCCACCUGCUCCAAACAAACACGUUAUAGACUGACUGUCCGUCCAGGUAUCUUUCGACGAGUUCUGAUUCAUGCAGCAGACUACCAUCUGUAAAAAGAAUAAUAGAUUUAGCCAGCUUUGGCAGCAGUAAAUUACUGUGCAUACAAUUUGUUUUUGAAAACAUUUUUUUCCAUUGUCGUUGUGGUAUGACUGUUAAAAUUAGCAGUAGAGAGUAUAUAUUUCUAAGUUCCAUUUGCUACGGUUCAGAUUUAAGGUAAACUACAAUGGCACGAUUUUUUUUUAACGAAUUGAAAUGUAUUCAUUAAAAAAAUAUUCCUAUUUACAACAAGAAGUUAAAAAUUGAAAUUUUAUAAAGCAAAGCAAGUAAAUUCAGUAAUAUUAAAUAAAAUGUUAUAUAAUAUGAAGUAAAUGGAGGGAGCCAUUCUAAACAGACACGCUCAACCAUUGCUCGAUUGUGUUGUCAGAAAUACAACAUUAAAUUUUAAAAUAAUUCUGUAUAAUUGUAUUAUUUUAUAAUAUUUUCGUACUUACCAAUAGAAAAAUCGAUGCUUAGACAACUAUAAAAUGGAACAGGAUUGUGAGAGCGCGGUUGCAAUGCUACACAACCAGAGAAAAAAAGAAUUGCAGAAACGUGAAGACGUGUUGAUGACUGGAGAAGAAUUUUCGAGGGAGACCCAAGAUGCACGAACUAUGUUCGAGUCCGUGUUGAUUCCUAAACAUCAUUUGCCCGCAUGUCAUAGAAAAGUCACGAUUUAUUCUGAGAAGUCAGUCAAAGAAAAAUCAUUAGCACUUGAAUCAGUUCGUCCCGUGCUAGAGAUGAAGUGUUCCACCAGAAAGAAGUUUAACCAUGCCAAGAGCAGCACUCUGGCCUACCCCGAAAUCCAGAGGCACUACGACAGGAUCAACCACAGCUAUAGGGUGGUGUGUGACGUGCCGACGGUUGUGGAUGAGGAAAUCGUCAACAGUUGGAAUUUGAGCGACAUGGGGCAUUUCUUCAUUGUCCCCCGGUAUCAGGAACCUGAAGUUGUUUCCGAGCCGGAAGUUGAGCAGGAAGAGAAGGCAAAGGAAGGGACUGUUCUUGAAAUCGAGCAGAGUGAGGUCCUCUCAGAGAGUGAGAAAUCUGGAGAAUCCGAGUAAGUCGUGGAGGUAUAGGAGUAAUGUCAUAGUAAUUCAUGAAAGUAUAGGAGUAAUUUCAUUGUAUGUCAUGGAAGUAGAGGGGCACUGUCAUAGUAAUUUAUAUAGGUAUUUGAGUAAUUGCAUUUUAGUGUAAUGUUAUAGUAAGUCAUGGAAGUGGAGGAGUAAUGUCAAACUAAUUAGUGGGAAUACAUACAAGGAUCGUUAUUCUAAGUAAUUGUAAAUGUGACUAUAAAAUACUAAGUAGUGGAGAUAUUUGGAUAUUAUCAGAAUGAACACAUCGAGGUGCCCAUGUCUUCUUUAUUUAUAUGUUUAACAAGCUGUUCUAUUACUAAUGCAAUAUUCAUUUUUUUUUAUUUUAAGACUGAUGCAUUGGCAAUUUAUAGAAUGUUAGAUUACGGUAACCUCCAAUGUUCUUUAAGGGGUGUCUCUUUGCGGUCAAAAUUUUUCCACUGAAGUCAUCAAAUUAAUACAUUUGUGUUGAAAAAAUCGGCAUACUACGACAGCUUUUUCAGUGUAGAUUUGGGUAGCAAAAAUGUAUACAAGACAACUAUUUCAAUGUAAUUUUGGGUAAGAAAAAUGGAUAAAUGACCACAACUAUUUCAUUGUAGAGACGAUCAUUUUGUUCACCUUUGCUGUAGUCUUCACUUCCAGGAACCCGUUUAAAGUGAUAAAAUCAUCAGUUACCUUAAUUCAGAUUUGAUAAUACACAUUGGUCCGCCUUCUGAUAAUCGAAUACAAGUCUAACAUGCAGCGAUCCAUAGGAGAUGUCUUCUUUUCAAAAGUUUCAUGUAUUAUAUACAUUUACUUAUUUCAUUUUUUAACACUCUCAGGUAGAGAUUUAAAGAUUGACAGCAGUUGAUUGCUUUGUUGUAUAAGUUUUACUGUGACUCUACUCUUGAACCCAUCAACGAAUUGAAAUGUAUCUCAAUAUUUGAUGCACAUUAUAUUAGAUGUGGACCUAAAUGUCCGCUUUUGCGCGUUGGUCAGAAGGAAACUUAGUUGUACCUCUGGCAGUACGGACAGGACACCAUACAUAUAUUGAAUGUUAAACUGAAAGCUACAGUGACUCUUGGGACAAUGUGGUGAAUCUUGCGACACUGUAGUGAAUCUUGUGACACCGAGUGGUUCUUGUGACACCGUAGUGACUCCUGUGACACUGAUUGAAUCUUGUGAACUGUAGUGACACUUGUGACACUGUAGUGAAUCUUGUGACACUGAGUGAAUCUUGUGACACUGAGUGAAUCUUGUGACACUGUAGUGACACUUGUGACACUGAGUGAAUCUUGUGACACUGUAGUGACUCUUGUGACACCGUAGUGGAUCUUGUGACACUGAGUGAAUCUUGUGGCACUGUAUUGAGUCUUGUGACACUGAGUGAUUCUUGUGACACUGACUGAAUCUUGUAACACUGAGUGAAUCUUGUGACACUGUAAUGAAUCUUGUGACACUGUAGUGAAUCUUGUGACACUGAAGUGAAUCUUGUGACACUGGGUGAAUCUUGUGACACUGUAGUGACUCUUGUGACAUUUUAGUGAAUCUUGUGACUGUGAGUGAAUCUUGUGACACUGUAGUGAAUCUUGUGACACUGAGUGAAUCUUGUGACACUGAGUGAAUCUUGUGACACUGAGUGAAUCUUGUGACACUGUAGUGACUAUUGGGACACUGUAGUGAAUCUUGUGACACUGAGUGAAUCCUGUCACACUGAGUGAAUCCUGUCAUACUGAGUGAAUCUUGGGACAUUGCUUUAACUCCACCAAACACAUCUUGUUGGUUACUCCAUUUUUAAAUCGUUUCUGUUAACUUCGCUUUUGUUUGUGGCCAUCUGGGUGGCGAAAUCUUCAGACGGCUAAUAGUCCCACUUCAGUCAACCUAUCAAGUUGAAACUUAGCAUAUCGAUCUGUUGCUAAAGACAACACAUCCUAUCAAAUUUUCAGCCUCACUAAAGCCUUCCAAUAGCUCUAUUUUACCUUUUAUUAAGAAUUUAUUUUUAAAAAAUCUUGGUUUUUAAGGAUUGUUUAAUUCGUCCAUUUUGUUUCCUCAUCAGAGACCUCAAGUCAACAACGCAGAGCGUAUUUCAAAUCCCCGAGCCUGUCGAAUCCGUCAUUCCACCCCCAACCUGUUGGCUGGACAGCGCCACGGUAACCCCAAGCUCUCUUUCUGAUGUCGUCAGCCAGGAGCCGGCCAGCACGGUCACCACUGACACUCAAGCUGCUCCCAAUCACCUGCGCAGGUCCCUAACCACCGAAUCAGGACUCCGGGAAUUUCGGGACCCAAGCAAACGUUCCCUUGGCAAUUCCGUCCACCUGGAAUCGAAGCGGUCGUCGCCGCACGACAGGGUGGCUUCUGAGACACCAGAGAUCCGGUCGCCAGUUAACGGAGAAGAUGAUCAAAAGCAGAACCACCACGAGGCGCCGAAAAGAAAUGUGAGCAUCCAUAGACCUGAAGUUGUCCAGAAGAAAGGGGAAGAUUUUGUUCCGGAGUCUCAUCAAUCCGUUGAAUCCAAUAUAGUGGAUAAAGCGGAAAACGUGGAUGAAAUGGUGGGGCUGGAAGUGGAGCGUAAAGCUGAGCCACCCCCGUACAUCUGUCCGUCCUCGGAGAAGAAAUCUCACGACACGGAGAUCAGAAACUGGUUGAAGAAAUCGUCCUUCUCGUCGGCCAGUAAAAGCUUGUCUCUGGUGUAACGAUCUCAUAUUUUGUUUGACGUGCGUGUUGCAAUUAACUAGCGAUUGUGUUGUACUUUUGUUCACGCUCUUCAGUCAGGCGUUGCCGAUAACGUCACUAUAAAUACCACUACAGAUGCUCUCAAAUCCAAUACCAUUACAGAUGCUCUCAAAUCCAAUACAAUUUCCGAUACUCUCAAUUUCAAUACCGUUACCUAUAUUCUUACUUUCCAUUUCCGACAGUUUUAAUAUUCAAUACCAAUGACCGUACGCUCAUUUUCAGUGCCAUGGUCACGUUAGUCGUAUCCCAGUGCACUUAUCUGAUAAGUUGUGUAUUGCUGCAAGGCAUUUCUUGAUCAGUGAUUUACGCGUCUUAUAUGUACAGCAAAAGACGAUUUUAGACGUAUAGUAGUAUUGUUGGAAUGUAAGUGUGGUCCUGUGUUACUCUGUGUGUGUGAUACUGUGGUAUUAGUGAUAAUGUGGUUUGCUAGUAUGUUACUGUGAUGUGGGUGAUACUGUGGUGUGAGUGAUACUGGGAUAUGGGUGUUAGUGGGAUGUGGGUAUUACUGGGAUGCGGGUGCAGGGCCGGCCCUAACAGUUGCGGGCCCUAUGCGAAAUGGAUUGCGCGGGGCCCAGUCCGGUUAGGGAUAAGGAUAAUAAGUGAAAAUUAAGAUUUUGCAUUAGAAAAUAAAUUAUCGCGGGGCCUAUGAAAGUGCGGGGCCCACUGCGGCCGCAUAAGUUGCAAUUGCCUAAGGCGGCCCUGUGUGGGUGUUACGGGAUGUGGGUGAUACUGUGAUAUGGGUGUUAGUGGGAUGUGAGUGUUACUGGGAUGUGGGCGUUGUAGUCGUGAGGGUGCUAGUGUGGUGUGGGUGUUAGUGUGGUGUGGGUGUUAGUGUGGUGUGGGUGUUAGUGUGGCGUGGUUGUCGGUGUCGUGUGUGUGUCAGUGUGCUAGAGUGUUAGUGUGACGGAGUGUUGUUUUGGUAUGGGUCUUACUGUGGUGUUUGUGUUACUGUGGUAUGGGUGCUGAUGUGAUGUUGGUGUGGUGUGGCUGUUACUGUGGUUGGAGUGUUAGUGUGGUGUGGGUGUUGGUGUGACGGAGUCCUGGUUGUGGUGUUGACGUGUUGGUGUCCGGGUGGGUGUUGGUGAGGUGAGGGUUUGGUUCUCUGGCAUCUUUUAAAUUAUUUAAACAAUAAAUGAGAUUUAGCAACUAAUCAAAUGAAUAUCAAGACCGGCAACUUAUCCCAAACUACCACCGUCUUCAAAAGUAUUUGAUCAAAUAAAUAAAACCCUUAAAACACUACUUAUUAAGACCUGGUGCAAUAGCGUUGGUGUAUUACUGUUUACUUUAUGCACAGCC